UUCGUUUCCGGUUUAUGUGGUAGAGUAACGUCGUUCUUCAUUUUUCGUUGUACAUCCGUUUGUAUGCAAUAAGUAUACACAUAGUUCACAGAAAUGGCGACUGCCGUGCCGUCGAGAUUCGCAGUUCUCAGCAUUGACGAUGAUGAUCGUAAGCCGAAGAAAACUCAGAAGAAUGUUACUGCCGGUAAGACGAAUCAAAAAUCUAAAAACGACAAGUCAAAACAGCAACAACAACCAAAAAAGGAUGACAAGAAAAAACAAAAUAAGGGGAAAAAGAAAAAAACUAAUAACAAUGCGAAUCAACAAUGGGAACAAUGGAAACAAAAAGAUACAAUGGCUGUCGAGGGAACGUUUGAGCAAGAAUUACAUCAAGCCAUCUUGCUGUCAAAGCUGGCUUAUGAACAGCAGCUAGUAAGUGCAGCUAGGUCAGAAAAAGAGUCGAAUAAGAAAUCAGGGAGAAAAUCAAAAAAGGCUACUAUGACAUUGAAGGAAUUCAACAAUAUGGGAUCAAAUACUACUACACAAAAUACAACAUUACCUCCAGAAUGUAAUGAUACUAAAUUGAAAGAAUUAGGUACAGAAUUUUUUGAGAGAAUUGAAAAGGCAACAAAAGAAGAAAUUACAAAGGAAAAAGAAAAGGACAUAUUCAAGGCAAGAUUAGAUAAAAUGGAUGAUGUCAUUACAUCUGCUCAGUUAAAGGUAGAAGUGGAAAAACGUGAUGUAAUUAUUCAUGAAUUAAAGAGUCAAGUAGAACAUUUAAAAGAAGAAUUAAUACAAGUUAAAGAAAGAAAUAAAAAACUUUAUCAAAUAUUAUCUCAUGGCGAAAUGAGAGAUAAAGCGUCAGUAUUAGCUGAAGUAGCGAAAUUACAAGAAAUACGAGAUGAAUUGACAUCGGAAGUAACAUCUUUACAUGCACAGUUAGAACAAGAAAGGUCCAAAACACGUACUACUAAUACAGAUGUCAAACCAUCUAAACAAACUAAUAAGAAGAGACCCGCUAGCGAAAAUGCCUAAACUACAGACUAUUUUUGUUGAAUAUAAAGUACUAAGCCAUUGUGAUCUAUAAAGCUUAAUUUACUGCUAAUGACUAAUCAGUUAACAGUCUCAACACCGAUGCGUAAUCAUUAAAACUUAAGAUCUCAUGAAAAUGUAUCACAUACUUGACUUUA